AUGGCGAAUCGGAUGAACUCGUAUAGCCGCUCGGCUAUACUCGGGUUUUUCAAAAAUAUUCUGGCGAAUCGGAGUCGAACUCAUCACUACGAACGUCUAGGGCACAGAGCAAGCCCGUUCCAGGUUUUGAGCAGUGUUCUAGAUAUCGGCCUAGGCCCUAGGCGGGAGGACACCGACACCAGGGAGUUAGGGGGGGCCUAG